AUGCGCCUGUUGAGUGCGGCUGCGCAGGGGUUCUUACUGGGACGCCCUCCUCCUGCGCAGUUGUUGUUGUGGGCUCCCCGUGCGAUUCAUCCACGUGUAGUUCAUCCCCAAUUAUCGCGACCCCUGUUUGGAUAUCUGGCCUCCCCCGUUAGCCACUUCUCAGCGAAGAGGAACAAGUCACACCCCCCAUACGAACACCAAAGAAAAGCAUCCUCCCUACAGCUGAACGAAACAUAUCAUUCGCAAGUGAAUCUGACAGAAGAAAUGGAGUUUUGCCAGGUAGAUCUAGACGAGUUCUGCUACAAGCAGUUUGACAUGACGAAGAAAUCUUGUUCGUAUAUACCUUACGAUAAGGAUGAGUUCCUGGACAAGGUAAAUGAACUGAUACGAAAGCAGAAGAUAAAAGUUGUACCAGGGUACGCGGGUUUCUGUAAGCAUAUUUUUGUGGAAAAUUUUACUGAAGCCACAGUAGAAACGGUAGAAAUUAACAACAAAAAUAGGAGCCUCAUACAAACAGAUUACAUUUCCAGGAGGGAAAAUGAAUUGCCUGUAUUGAUAAGGUGGAUCUCAAAGAAGGACGUGAAGGAAAUCAUGAAGGCCAAGUAUCUGGACCUUAUUUUAUAUUCAAGGGAACAGAUCGAAAAGGAGAAUAAAGAAACGAAAACAGUGCCUACUAAGAAGUCCAACUGCCUGUACUCCAUCAUCUGCAUUAAGCCGCAGAAUGUGGACUACGAAUUGCCUAUGACCCCAAUAACCAUGCUUCGCAACACACUCAUCAGCGAAGGGGGUAGCGGUAUCAGCUUGAAUCGCGACAAGUACCUCGAAUCGGUCAAGUACUGGCGCCACCACGUAUCCAUCAUUGAUAGCUAG